AUGAUCGUUGAAGUUCCCGAAGGUGGUGACUCUAAAUCCAAGGCAGGAGAAGCAACUUCAGAACCGGAACCAGAAUUGAAAAAUGAAGCCCCACCACCCUACAUGGACCCCCAGGAAGGAACUAGCACCAUCCAAUCUUCGUCGAGGGCACUCCCUGAUAUCAAGCCUUCCAAUUUCGUCUGCUUGUCUCGACAAAAUGAUAGCAUCAAAGGCUCCUGGAUAAUUGACCCCACAAUGAUCAUUCCUUCUGCGUUUCUACCUUCUCUCACAGAUGGAGAGACUGAAGAGACGCGGGGUAACAUAUCACUCAUGUCAAGGAAUGGUUCAAUCCAGGCCGAGAUUUUUGUGCUACCCGGCACAAGCAAUGACGACUCGCGUCGAUUGACAAAUCGGAAGCAAACGAUCAUUCGGUCAUCCUCUGCCAAUGGGACAAUAACACUGAAAAUUCACGAGGUGGCAUCUAGAGGCAGUAGGCUGCCACUACAAAUCAAAGCCUUCUCUGCGAACGGGUCUUUAAAUAUCUAUAUUCCGCGAUCUUUUCAAGGUCCAGUCAGCGUGUCAUUACGCAAUGGGAGCCUCAGGUACUCGGAAUCUGUCAGAGGGCUGGUCACCCAAUUCUCGGAAUUGAAUGGCGCGCAAAGAAGCUUCAUAGGCGAUUUUGACGCUAAUGCUAUCAGAGACGCAGGCGAUUGGGCUGGUGACGCGAUAUGGCUGGAAUCAAGGAAUGGGAGUAUAAAGGUCUUCUUUGACGACGAGCUUGAUGAAACCCCGAGGCAGAAAUCGAGCUUUCUUGGGAAACUCUUUGGCUUUUAA